AUGGGGUAUGGACAUCGUGGCGCCCUUCCCAUGGCGACAGGUCAGCGGAAGUUCUUGCUUGUCGCGGUGGACUAUUUCUCCAAACAAUUCACCGGGCAAAAACUCAAAGAAUGGUGCGAGGGGUAUGACAUUCAGCAGGCCUUUACCUUCGUAGCAUAUCCUCAGAGUAACAGACAGGAUGAAGUCGCCAAUCGGGAGAUCUUGCGGAUCCUGCGGGUGCGGCUCGACCACAUCGGAGGGAGUUGGGUGGAUGAGCUCCCCGGCAUGCUAUGGGUAAUCCGCACGACCCCUAAGGAAGGCACAGGGGUAGCCCCAUUCCACUUGGUGUAUGGAGGCGAAAUGACCGUCCCCAUCGAGAUCAGAGUCGAGUCCGACCGGAUACAAAAUUGCAGCAAGGACAACGUCGAGCAGAGGCUAUUGGAGCUGGACCUGGUGGAUGAGGCGCGCGAUAAGGCCGUCGUUCGGCUGAUAGCCUACAAGCAAAGAAUGAGGCAAAACUACAAUCGGAGGGUGAUUCCAAGGUCAUUCCAGGAUUGA